AUGACUGACUUGGGACAAUUAAGCUACUUUCUGGGGAUUUCUGUCACUCGUACUCCACAGAGUAUGUUCCUUUGUCAGCAAAAAUAUGCAGAGGAAAUUAUUCAUGGGGCGAUAAUGGAUAAUUGCAAGCCCAUGCCCACUCAUGUUGACGCCAAAUCCAAACUUAGUGCCACGGAUGGUGAUCCGGUUCUUGAUCCGUCACUCUAUCGGAGCCUUGCAGGUGCCUUGCAGUACCUCACUUUUACUCGCCCUGAUAUUGCAUGCGCUGUGCAACAAUGUUGCUUAUUUAUGCAUACACCGCGAGAACCUCACUUCAAUGCUCUCAAACGCAUCUUCCGUUACAUUAAAGGCACUCUUGAUCUUGGUUUACAUGUCUAUCCAUCUACACCCACCAGAUUAAUCACUUAUACGGAUGCCGAUUGGGGCGGUUGUCCAGACACACGUCGUUCUACUUUUGGGUAUUGUGUCUUUCUAGGUGAUAAUCUCAUAUCCUGGUCUUCUAAACGGCAGGCUAUGCUCUCCCGUUCGAGUGCACAAGCAGAAUAUAGGGGCGUUGCGAACGUCGUUGCCGAAACUUGUUGGCUCCUCAAUCUUCUUGUUGAGCUGCAGUGUCCUCUCCGAGAAGAGGGAAAUCGAGUGAAGAGAAGUGGUCAGAAGAGAAAGACAUGGCAGGAAGAGGAUGGGGCAAGUGAAGAGAGAAACUUGAUCAGAGUUGGAGGAAGGGGAGAGUGA